AUGUCUGUGCAGCGUGCCAUCAAGUCCAUGUUUAAUGGCCCAAAGAAAGGCGAAACAUUCGAGUUGAAAUCAGCUUUGGUAUCUCAAUACCCCAAUGAAAGAAAAGAAGGUAUUAAGCGUGUUAUCAAGGCUAUGACCGUUGGCAAAGACGUUAGUGCCUUGUUCCCUGAUGUUUUGAAAAAUAUUGCCACCAGAGACUUGGAGCAAAAGAAGUUGGUCUAUCUAUAUCUAAUGAAUUAUGCUAAAACAAACCCAGAAUUAUGUAUCUUAGCUGUCAACACUUUUGUUCAAGACACUGAGGACCCAAAUCCUUUGGUAAGAGCUCUUGCCAUCAGGACGAUGGGUUGUAUCAGGGUUAACAAAAUGGUCGAUUAUAUGCACAUACCAUUGAAAAGAACGCUUAGUGAUGAUAACCCGUAUGUUCGUAAAACUGCAGCAGUUUGUGUGGCCAAGCUCUUUGAUUUAAACAAGGAAAUGUGCAUUGAACAAGGAUUCUUGGAUCAUUUGAAAAGAUUGAUCGAUGACUCUAACCCUGCGGUGGUGUCCAAUGCCAUAAAUGCUUUGAGUGAAAUUAAUCAAAUGGAUCCAACCCAGGAUGCUUUAAAAAUCGAUGGCGCAUUAUUGAAGAAGAUUCUUAUGGCACUUAAUGAAUGUACCGAAUGGGGUAGGAUUACUAUUCUUACUGCGUUAGCUGACUAUCAUUCAACUUCAAGCAUCGAAGCUUCUCACAUCAUUGAAAGAGUUGUUCCCCAAUUGCAGCACGCAAAUCCUUCGGUAGUUCUCACUUCCAUUAAGACUAUUUUGAGCCAUAUUGAUAAAUUGGAUGGUGCCCAGUAUAAUGUGACUAUCAAGAAGUUGUCAGCUCCUUUGAUUUCUUUGAUUUCCAGCUCACCAGAGAUUCAGUUCAUUAGUUUGAGAAAUAUUAGAAUUAUUUUGGAAAAAUACCCUGAUUUGUUGUCCAAAGAAUUGAGAAUUUUCUACAUUAAAUACAACGAUCCGUUAUACUUGAAGUUGGAAAAAGUUGAAAUAAUGGUCAGAUUAGCCAACAUGCAAAACUAUAAGAUCUUACUUAAUGAAUUGAAGGAAUAUUCUAUGGAAAUUGAUUAUGAAUUUGUUAAAAGAUCAGUCAUAGCUAUCGGCCAAGUUGCCAUCAAAUUAGGAGAGACCGCAACGGCGAAGGCAAUUGAAAUAUUAAUAGAACUAAUCAAUACCAGAAGUGAAUAUGUUUUGAAUGAGGUUUUCAUGGUUUUGAAGGAUAUUUUGAGAAAAUUCCCAAAUAAUAGCAGAUUCUUGGGUCUUAUAAUUCCUGUCAUAGUUUCAAAUUACCAACAGUUGGAUGACUCAAAUGCCAUUGCAAGCUUCAUUUGGCUUCUUGGUGAAUAUCCAAAGAAUUUUGGAGUUGAUUUGGAUUCUAUUUUGCCUAAUUACUAUCAAAAUGAUAAUUUAGACAACUACUUCAACAAUGAUGAUGAUUACACCAUACAAUUACAAUUAUUAAUUACUAUUGUCAGAAUUAACAUCAUUAAACAAUCUUCACUGAGCCAAAACUUUUUACAAAAAACUUUGACAAUAUGUACCGAAAAAUCCGAUAACCCAGAUAUCAGAGAUCGAGCCUUCAUUUAUUGGAGAUUGUUGUCAAGUAAUAACACAACAGUCAUUAACAAUAUUGUUCAAAAACCCUUGCCAAUAAUUGAUUCUACCAUUCCAAAGAUUCCUCAAUAUAAGGUUGAUGAGCUAGUCUCCGAAUUAGGUACCUUAAGUUCUAUUUAUCACGAACCAGCCUCAGAAUUCAUGGACAACUACCACAAAUUUCAUGUCUCUAGAACCGGAAAUAAUAUUGCCAGUAAGAACAUAGAUGAAUUACAGCAGAUUGCCAAGAAUGAAAUUGUUAACAAAGCGGUCAAGUCGGAAACAUUAUUAGACUUUGAUGAUGAACCAGAAUACGAAGACGUAAACACCACAUCUGCUAAUUCUGAAACAAAUACUUCCUCUACUACUGCAAGUGCAAAUGUUUUGAAUGAAUUGAAUGACUUGUUUAACUUUAAUGCCUCUCCAGUGGCGUCACAAAGACAGGUAUCGAGUGAUGGCAAAUCAAAUGACGAUAUAAUGGGUCUUUUCAGCACCGGGACUGCUGGUGUUGCCAAUGGUUUGCAAAAUUUGAACUUAAAUAGUCAAAGCUCACUUAAUAAUAGUGUCUCAACUCAAAGCCAACCCCAGCCCGGCUCUCAAAAACCAAGUGAUGAUUUAUUGAAUUUGUUUUAA